AUUUCCCAUCGCCUUCCGUUUCAGAUUCGAGCAAGUGCAGAUGUAAACAGUGGAUAUGAAUUUGUUGCGGAUUGGAUUUAAAUGACUGGUUAAAUGACCUCAAACUAACUACAGCGGACACGUAGCGAGAACAGUGAAGCAUGCCUAGCUCCUUCCUGUGGGCAGUAGACGUGUAUGGUAGGGUUUAUAGCCUGUCCACAGCAGGGCAGCAUUGGGAGCAGUGUCGCCAUGCCCAGCUGGAGUUCAAACGGGUCACGGCUGUGCAGCAGUGUUGCUGGGGCAUCGCCUGUGAUCACAACAUCUACCUGAACGUCCAUGCCAGCGACGUGCCCAUACGCUGCCAGGAAGAGGCCUACGAGAAUCAGCGGUGGAACCCCGUAGAUGGCUUCUCGAACCGACUGUUGCCUAGUGACCGCUGGCAGUGGAGCAAUGUGACCGGGCUGCAGCACCAGCCGCUGGACGACUUUCAGCUCCCGUCGGAGAACUGGGAGUGGGAGGCCGACUGGCACGUGGAUGAGAACUUCAGAGGAGAGCCCACGGAGAAAGGGGGGUGGACGUACGCCAUUGACUUUCCCGCCACUUACACCAAAGACAAGAAGUGGAACUCGUGUGUCCGCCGCCGCCGAUGGAUACGUUACAGGAGGUACAAGUCCCAAGACACCUGGGCUAAGAUCCCCCUGGAGCAGACGGCCUCUCUGCCCGACCCGUUUAACGACAUCAGCUGUGGAAGCUGGGAGCUUACAGAGGAACCCCGAGGAUGUCUGUGUUUGUGGGCCGUUUCUCUUCAGGGAAAGCUGUGGUUCCGGGAUGGCAUCCACCACCAUAACCCAGAGGGCUCGGUCUGGGAGGAGGUGCCCACACCGGCGGAGGUGGUGCAGAUCAGCUGUGGGCCAGCCGACCUGCUGUGGGCGGUGCUGUGGGAGGGGCAUAUGCUGGUCAGGGAAGGCAUCACCAGAGACUGUCCAAGAGGUUCGGCAUGGGGUGUGGUUGAAUCACCCAAUCCAGAAGUUGGAACUAUACACGUAGCAGUGGGAGUCAACGUAGUGUGGGAUGUGACAAAGGAUCAUAAAGUAUGGUUUCGACGUGGAGUGAAUUCCCACAACCCCUGUGGCUCAGGCUGGAUUGGCAUGGUUGGUGAGAUGGUCUAGAUCAAUGUGGGCCUCAAUGACCAGGUGUGGGCGAUCAGCUGCGAGGACCGGGCUGUGUGCUUCCGCCAGGGCGUGACGGCCAGCGAGCUGACCGGGAAGGCCUGGAAGACCGUGACUGCGUCCAGAGACAGCGAGCGUUCGCACUCCAGUGGCAGCAGCCUGCAGAGUGCUGGUUGUUUCUUCGGCGGUGAGGUCCAUCUACAGUCCCAGGCCUCUGGCUUCAGCGACGUGGACUCAGGAACGGAUAAGACUGUGGAUGGAGCCCCUUUCGAGCCCGAUGAUGCCCCCAAACCGCGAAUGCCUAAAGUAACCAGUGACAGCUUCAUCUCAGAGCUGGUGUCUGACCGAGAGGCCCAAACUGGGCGGCGCGAGGGCCCGCCGGCCACCCUUUGGCCCCACCAUUCCGGAAGAGGAGCCUUGCCGCAGACGGAGACGCAGCGCGUAUCGCUGCCCCGACCCUGGUGCUCACGCCCAAGCCGCUCCGGAGGCCUGGACCCCCAGUGGAGCAACGUAGACCUGGAGGAGGCCCAGACGCACCUGAGCGCCGUGGCCUUGGUGGACGCUUCGGACUCCUGCGGCCUCUCCUCCGCGGCUAACUACAACCUGGAGGAGCCGUACGGGGCCGACGAGCGGCCCAUCUGGGCCUGGGUCGAUGGGGGCGGCUGUGCCGUCGACUCCCACUCCCAGCUCAGCUGGUUCAACUCUUCCGCAGAGCCAUGCCGUUUGUCCAUCACUCCCGCACAGACCACUGCCUGGCACAAGCAGAUCCUGGAACAGUUCAGCGAGAGGUCCAGGAGAGAGAUGGACAACUUCAGACACUACGAGCAGGCCAUCGAACAGUCCGUCUGGGUGAAGAAGGGCUCCAUGCAGUGGUGGAGGGACUGGAAGCCUCACAAGUGGGUGGAUGUGCAGUUUGCGCUGGAGCAGUUCUCAGGACCCGAAGGCCACAAGGACGGCAUCCUGUUCAUCUACUACACCUUCAAUGAAGAGAAGAAGUACCUCCACACGUUCGUGAACGAGGUGACCAUCCUGGUGCCGGUGCUGAAUGACUCCAAGCACACGUUCGCCAUCUACACGGCCGACAGGACCAAGCAGAGGUGGCCCAUCCGCCUGGCAGCUCCCACCGAGCUGGAGAUGCACGACUGGCUGGCCCUGCUCAGUGUGUCCUGCUGCGACUCUCGAGGCAUCCGCGGCCCGCCCUCCAAACAGGCCAUCUGGUCGGUCACCUGUAAAGGGGACAUAUUCGUCAGCGAGCCCACGCCAAGCCUGGAGGCCGCGCCCUACCCGAUGGCCUGCGACCAAAUGUUCUGGCGUCAGGUGGGUGGGCACCUGCGUGUUGUGGAGUGUAACGGUCUGGGUGUGGUUUGGGGUAUCGGCUACGACCACACGGCGUGGGUCCACUCGGGCGGCUACGGCGGAGGCUUCUUUCAGGGGCUGAACAGCAGCACGGACAACAUCUACACGCAGACCGAUGUGAAGAGCGUGUACAUAUACGAGAACCAGCGGUGGAAUCCCGUGACCGGCUACACCAACAGGGGUCUCCCUACAGACCGCUAUAUGUGGAGUGACUUGUCGGGCCUCCAGGAGUGCACAAAAACCAACACCAAACCACCCUCCCCACACUGGGCAUGGAUGUCAGACUGGGCCGUCGACUACAGCGUGGCGGGCGGAACAGACAAGGAGGGUUGGCAGUACGCAGCCGACUUCCCAGCGUCAUUUCACGGUCAUAAAACCUUGAAGGACUUUGUCCGUCGCAGGCGCUGGGCCAGGAAAUGUAAACUCACCACAACUGGUCCCUGGCAGGAAGUCCCGCCCAUCCUUCUGAGUGACAUCACCAUCUGGCCAUGCGGCCCAGGGGCGGAGGUGGAGCAGGUGCCACUGUGGGCCAUCAGCAGCAAAGGAGACGUGCUGUGCCGCCUCGGGGCCUCCGCGCUCACGCCUACCGGCACGUCCUGGCUCCACGUAGGCACGGACCAGCCUUUCAAGUCCAUCUCCAUCGGAGGGGCGUUCCAGGUGUGGGCGAUCGCCCGGGACGGCUCCGCCUUCUACAGGGGCUCUGUGUCGCCCCACAGCCCUGCAGGAGACUGCUGGUAUCACAUCCCGUCCCCAGCCAGACAGAAGCUCAGACAAGUGUCGGUGGGCAGGACGUCGGUCUGUGCGGUGGAUGAAAGCGGAAACCUGUGGUACCGCCACGGCGUGACGCCCAGCUACCCGCAAGGCUCCUCAUGGGAGCACAUCUCUAACAAUGUGCGCAAGGUGUCUGUGGGGCCUCUGGACCAGGUGUGGAUCAUUGCAGAUAAGGUGCAGGGCAGCCAGAGCCUGAGCUGCGGAACGGUGUGUCGCAGGCUCGGAGUGCAGCCCGUGGAGCCCAAAGGCCAGUCGUGGGACUAUGGCAUUGGGGGCGGUUGGGACCACAUCACCGUGAGGGCCAAUGCCAUGGAGGCGGCCCGCAUUCGCAUGCCGUCGCUGAGCGACGGGGCCACGCCGCCCCGCACACCGCCGCCAGCCAGGACACAGGCCAACGUGAACGGCAGCACCGUGGGAUGCUAGCUUCCCCUCCCAACUCGCC